AUGCGUCUGCUCCUGCUGGCGGCGCUCUUCUCCUGCUCGUGCGUGCGCGGCGGCUGCGAGCCCAAGGUGGUGAACAUCGGGGCCGUGCUGAGCCAGAAGAGGUACGAGCAGGUGUUCAAAGAUGCAGUGGCCCAGGCCAACCUGGUGUACGGCAGAGACAAGUUCAAGCUGACCGCCAUCUCUGUCACACACAAGGCCAACGCUAUACAGAUGGCACUGUCCGUGUGCGAGGACCUCAUCUCCAGCCAGGUCUACGCGAUUUUGGUGAGCCACCCUCCACAGUCCAGCGAUCACCUCACGCCCACUCCGGUCUCCUACACCGCUGGUUUCUACCGCAUCCCUGUGGUCGGCCUCACCACCAGGAUGUCCAUCUACUCUGAUAAGAGUAUCCACCUGUCCUUCCUGCGCACCGUGCCGCCGUACUCGCACCAGGCGCACGUGUGGUUCGACAUGAUGCGCGAGUUCCGCUGGAACCACAUCAUUCUGAUCGUCAGCGAUGACCACGAGGGCCGAGCGGCCCAGAAGAGACUGGAGACCCUGCUGGAGGAGAGAGAGACCAAGAAUAAAAAAAGGAACUAUGAAAACCUCGACCAACUGUCCUAUGACAACAAGCGAGGACCCAAGGCAGAUAAAGUCCUCCAGUUCAACCAAGAGACUAACUUAACUGCCCUGCUGCUGGAGGCCAAAGAGCUGGAGGCUCGCGUGAUCAUUCUCUCCGCCAGUGAAGAGGACGCUGCUGCCGUGUACAAGACAGCACGGUUCCUCAACAUGACCGGCUCAGGCUACGUGUGGCUGGUCGGAGAGCGGGAGAUGUCCGGUAAAGCUCUGAGUGAAGCUCCAGACGGCUUGAUUGGCCUCCAGCUCAUCAACGGCAAGAAUGAGUCGGCCCACAUCAGUGACGCCGUGGCAGUGGUGGCUCAGUCCAUACAGGAGCUGUUUGAGAAGGAGAACAUCACUGAGCCGCCUCGAGGCUGCGUGGGCAACACCAACAUCUGGAAGACUGGGCCGCUCUUUAAAAGAGUCCUGAUGUCCUCCAAAUAUCCAGAAGGCCUUACAGGCCGUGUGGAGUUUAAUGAUGAUGGAGACAGGAAGUAUGCCCAUUACAGCAUCCUCAACUACCAGAAGAGCAGACUGAUCCAAGUUGGAAUUUACAAUGGAACUCAGGUGGUGUUGAACAAACAAAGGAAGAUCAUCUGGCCUGGAGGAGAGACAGAGAGGCCCAGAGGUUUCCAGAUGUCUACAAGGCUAAAAAUAGUCACCAUACAUCAGGAGCCCUUUGUGUACGUGAAACCAACUAUGCAGGAUGGGACGUGCAGGGAAGAGUUUACACCCAAUGGAGUCUUAAUUAAAAAGGUGAUCUGCACUGGACCAAAUGAGACCAUCCCAGGUAACACAACAGGACGCCCAAUAGUGCCUCAGUGCUGCUAUGGAUUCUGCAUCGACCUGCUGAUCAAGCUGGCCAUGACUAUGAAUUUCACCUAUGAGGUCCACCUGGUGGCUGAUGGGAAGUUUGGAACGCAGGAGAGAGUGAACAACAGCAACAAGAAGGAGUGGAAUGGCAUGAUGGGAGAGCUCCUGAGUGGCCUUGCAGACAUGAUUGUGGCUCCACUGACCAUAAACAAUGAACGAGCUCAGUACAUAGAAUUCUCCAAACCGUUCAAAUACCAGGGACUCACCAUCCUUGUGAAAAAGGAAAUCCCUCGCAGUACACUGGACUCGUUCAUGCAGCCGUUCCAGAGCACGCUGUGGCUGCUGGUGGGUCUGUCGGUGCAUGUGGUGGCGGUGAUGCUUUACCUACUAGACCGGUUCAGCCCGUUUGGAAGGUUUAAAGUAAACAGUGAAGAAGAAGAAGAAGAUGCCCUCACCUUAUCUUCAGCUAUGUGGUUCUCCUGGGGAGUCUUGCUGAACUCCGGAAUUGGAGAAGGCGCCCCGCGCAGCUUCUCAGCGAGAAUCUUGGGUAUGGUGUGGGCUGGUUUUGCUAUGAUCAUUGUAGCAUCCUAUACUGCCAACCUGGCUGCCUUCUUGGUGCUGGACCGGCCUGAGGAGCGCAUCACCGGCAUCAACGACCCAAGGCUGAGGAACCCAUCAGACAAGUUCAUCUAUGCCACAGUGAAGCAGAGUUCUGUGGACAUCUACUUCCGGCGCCAGGUCGAGCUGAGCACCAUGUAUCGGCACAUGGAGAAGCACAACUACGAGAGCGCCGCUGAGGCCAUCCAGGCCGUUCGGGACAACAAGCUGCAUGCUUUCAUCUGGGACUCUGCGGUGCUGGAGUUUGAAGCCUCGCAGAAGUGCGACCUGGUGACCACGGGAGAGCUGUUUUUCCGUUCGGGCUUUGGCAUAGGCAUGCGCAAGGACAGCCCCUGGAAACAGAAUGUGUCCCUGGCUAUUCUCAGUUCCCAUGAGAAUGGCUUCAUGGAGGACCUGGAUAAAACCUGGGUGAGAUACCAGGAGUGUGACUCAAGGAGCAAUGCCCCAGCCACACUCACCUUUGAGAAUAUGGCAGGUGUUUUCAUGCUGGUAGCUGGAGGCAUUGCAGCAGGGAUCUUCCUCAUCUUCAUUGAGAUCGCAUACAAGCGCCACAAAGACGCCCGCAGGAAGCAGAUGCAGCUAGCCUUUGCGGCCGUCAACGUCUGGAGGAAGAACCUGCAGGACAAUAAGGAGAGUUCUGGGAGUCAAGUUGCGGGCGCAGCUGGGACUCCAUCUUUACCCUCUUCCUCUGUAGGGACUCAGGAUGAUAGGAAAAGUGGUAGAGCAGAGUCCGACCCCAAAAAGAAACCCUCUUUUAGGUCCAUCAGUACCACCCUGGCCUCCAGCAUCAAGAGACGUAGGUCCUCCAAAGACACGCAGUACCCACCCACAGAUAUCUCGGGCCAGCUCAACCUGUCCGACCCGUCGGUGAGCACUGUGGUGUGAGACAGAGACAGAGAGAGAGAGAGAGAGAGAGAGAGAGCACGAGAGGGCCAUGUCCACUUCUCACAGACAAAAGGGAGGGGGGGACUGGAAAUCGGCUGAGGGGGCUUUUCCCCUUUCUGAACAUUUGAUGCCACUCAAGCUUCCGCACCUUUACAAAGAGACAUGAGUGGAUCUCCUAAUCUUCUGUAGUGGAACCUCUCCGGACUCAGAUGGCGUUGAUUUUACAGAAGCGGCAGAACGCCCCAUCGCACCGGAGUUCAUAGAACCACUGCACCACUGCACACACACACUAACACAUGCACUCGCAAAUAUACGCUCAACCUGGGAUGCGUGAUCAGAGUUCAUUUAAUCUUAGCAAUGAUUUCUUUAUUCUUUUUGUAUAGGUUAGUGUAGUGAGUGUUAUGUUGUCGCUGUAUAUAUCGUUUAUCUCUCUGUAGACAGAGACCAAGCAGCCUAUUACUAUUUCUCCAAGGUUUGUGUUUUAUGAGUUGUUCUAGGUGUGAGGAUACUUUUGAAGUUAAAGGGCCCAUAUCAAGACGUACCGUUCAUUCACCGGUCCAUACAAUCCAUGUGUGGAAAACUAAGCUGCCCAUUGUGAAUUCACUGUUUUUGUGAUGCCAUGAAAUCAAGCCGUUGAAUUAUAUCCACCUAUUCAGGCUUAUGGUAGUUUAGCGCUGCCCGUUCACAUCAAGUUACAAGGAGUGUUUACUUCUUUUUGAAUUAGGCAACCGAUCAGAACAUUAUGUCAGUCUUAAAGGCACAGUAACAAAAAUAACUUAAAUCCAGUGAGUAAGAAGAGCUUGGAAAAGUGGUCCUGUAGAAAGGAAUGGCACAUAAACAUGAGCGAAAACAUACAAUACAAGGAACGUGUGGGAUAUGGGCUCUUUAACACAUUUACCUAUUUUAUACUCGAUAUUUAUCUUGCUUUCUGUUUGUUUUGAAGUCUUUGUCUAUUUAUUCUGUAAAGCGACAGCAGCAUACAAGAACGCAUGCAAAUACUAGUGCAAAAUUAAGUUUAGUGCAUUGUCAAUAGUGCUAAUACUGGAAAUGCUAUUUCUAAUGAUAUUACAAUACUUGUAUGUGGCACUUCACAACAUGCAACCUUAUUUUACAUGUAAUUGUUCUUUGUUUUGUACUCGGUACCAUUUGUAUCCCCUCAAAAGUCGUGACUUCUUCGACAGUUGGCCACCUGCAUGUCAGAAGCAUGUGCAACAUCUCAUCUGUCACUCAGACUGACGUGCCCCCGCCGCAGUGGUUCCCUGUUCAUUGGAAACUGAACUGAACACACUGUUGACAAAGAGCUGUUGGCCUAGUUCAUUUCAUAGUUAUGACGCUAAAGAGUCACUAACAUCUGUCUGAUACAGAUAAGGAAUUCUUUCAUUUAAGAAAUAGGAUCAUAGCGUAAUUCAUCUUCGAUGUAAUGUCUGCUUUAAAACGAAAAGCUCUAAGUAGGACUUCUCUAAGUAGGACCCCCCCCCGCCCGUUCCUCUCUCUCUGAAGUUCUUGCUGCAGUCUUUCUCAUCUUCAGUCUCUAUGGGGUGCAUCAAAGGGCCAGGUUUUUCAUCCAAUCAGCACUUGGUCUCUCAUGCAAAACCGCCUCUGUGAGGCCUUUUACGUGGGUAAAAUCCAAGUGAUUCACCCUGAAUUGCUUUGGUGCUGCAAACUUGGACACACCUCUUGGUUAGAUGCAAAAACAGGCCGUUUCCCGCAUUCUGGGGUUGAGAAACAUUGGCUCUACUACACAGCAAAAGGACAGCCUGCAAUAGACAAGCAUUUACUGAAGUCCUACUGAGGAAUACGUAACCAGCCGUUAGAAAGCUAAUUACGUAAUCUUGAAGCCAUGUGCACAGUCACGUCGUUGCAAGUGGCCAGAUGAUGAUUUCAAAACCCUUAUCUGAGGUUAAUGUCAUUGUUUAGCAUGUCAUAAGUCAGUAUGUCAUGACUGUAAAGAAACACCCUUUUGGUGUCAGUUCUGAGCUUAAAAGUGACUUUUUUCAACUGGAUGUAGUUUUUAUGACCACUCCGUCAGGCCGAUGAGCGCAUGCAUGUUUUUAAGAGCUGUUUAUUCAGAUAUUAAGAGUCAUAGUCUGCAUAUCCGCAGCACCCACUAUCGUAUUUGCUUUCAGGGCUAAUGCAGUAUUUAUGUCAUGUUAGUAAUGGUGGGGAGUAUUGGUGACUGCUUUCUAAUGAACUCAUGAUAAGGGAGUUCACUGACAGUCCACUGUCGUUGUGUAAAUGAUGUAAAUAAUAAGACUAUUGACUCACCGUCAUACUCACAAGCCAUAAUCUACUGAAAACACAAGCGUUAGACUUAUUUAAAUGAGAAUUACAUUGAUGGUUGCUUUUGAGUUUAUUUUUCAAACUGAACGAAGGAAACCUUUUUUUUUUGUUUGUAUUUAGAUAAAAAUGCAGAUCAGAUUUCUAUGUGCCAAUAAAAAUAUGUACUCAUGUCAAAUGCAGACCACAGAC